GGUAGGUGGGGUCGCAGCUCCCUCUCUGGUCGGAGGCAAAGCCCCUCAUUAAAUCAAAUCAGUGCGGAAACAAGGUGGUGUUAGGAGGACGGAGAGGAGCGGUCUGCGGAAGACGCGCUUCAGCCUAAAGGAGAAAAAACUGCGGUCGGCGAGGAGACGAUUUAUCGGCGUCCCAGGAUGAACUUUCAUAUCUGCCUCUCCUCCCUCUUAACUGUGCUGCUUUUUCAAGUUCAGCACAGCACCUCUGUGCAGGAGAUUCAAACCAGCCAUGAGAACAUUGUGAAAAUCAACUCUGCAGGAGAAAUGAUGCAGUGCUCAGCAGCCAUGGAUAUUCUCUUCCUCAUGGAUGGUUCCUACAGCGUCGGGAAAGGCAGCUUCGAGAGGUCCAAACACUAUGCGAUCAAACUCUGUCAAGCACUAGACAUCGGACCAGAUAAGGUGCGAGUUGGUUUAAUUCAGUUUGGCCUAACUCCUCGGCUUGAGUUUACCCUGGACUCAUACUCCACCAAGCAGGAGCUGAAGAAGCAGAUAAAGAGCAUUUCUUACAGGGGAGGCAGCACCCAGACAGGCCUGGCUCUGAAGUACAUUCUCAGGAAGGGUUUCCCAGGCGGUCGUAACUCGUCCAGUGUGCCUCGCAUCGUCAUCCUGAUGUCAGAUGGGAGAUCUCAGGGCAACUCGGUGCUGGCAGCUGCUCAGCUCAAAGACACAGGCGUGGUUGUGUUUGCUGUGGGCUUGCGCUACCCCAAAUGGGAGGAGCUUCACGCUUUAGCCAGUGAGCCAACAGAGAGCCACGUUUUCCUCGCCGAACAUUUCCAUGAUGGUGUCAAUGGCCUGUACACAACACUGAGCACGUUCUCUUUCUGCAACGCCACACCCGCAGGCUGUCGGAUGGAGACAUUUCCCUGUGAGAGGAAGACACUGGAGACAGUUAAAGAGCUGCAGGGGAACUACAUGUGUUGGAAAGGUUCCAAAGGCUAUUCCCCAUACACAUCUCUCUGUCCCUACUACAGGUACAACAAGGUUUAUACGAGACACCAGACAGUCUGCCAUAGAACAAUUUGUCCGGAUCCCUGUGAUUCUCAGCCAUGCCUGAAUGGUGGAACAUGUGUAUCAGAAGGUUCAGAGGGCUACCACUGCGUGUGUCCUCCUGGCUACGGAGGAGACCCACACUGUGCUCCUGCAUUAUUGCUGGACUGCUCUGUAGACCUGCUCUUCCUGCUGGAGGGCUCUGCCACACUCACCUUGGAAGGCUUUCUCCGCCUGAAGUCCUUCUUAAAGCGCUUCCUGCAGACUGUGAUUGGCUCUAACAGUCCCAGCAAGGUCGGCCUGGCGGUGUUUGGCGGGGAACCACGAGUCGAGGCCCAGGUUGGCAAGUUCAAAGGAGACCUGAGGAGUCUUCUUAAGGCUGUGUACUCACUUCAGCUAAUUGGUGGUGAAGCAAACACGGGGCAGGCCCUCCGCUAUGUUACCCGCCAUGGCUUUAUGAGCGCGCCGGUCUUUGCCGAUGUCGCGGACGACCUUCCCCGUGUGGUGGUGCUGCUCACCGCCACUCCUGCCGCAGAUGAGGUGGUUGAGCCGUCUAAAUAUGCACGAGACAGAGAGAUCUUCCUGAUAGGAGUGGGACCUGACAGCUUAAAGGAGCAGCUGAAUAACAUCACAGGAAAUCCGCAGAGGACCCUCACCUACUCAUCACCUGAUAGGCUCGCUUCCAAGAUUCCUGAGCUGAGGGCCAAGAUUUGCAGCGUGGAUACGCAAGGUUGUCUGGGUCAAGCUGUAGAUCUGGUGUUUGCCCUGGAUGCUUCAGGUGGUGUGGGCCGUGAUAACUUUGCCACCCUGCAGAACUUUGUGCGCAGCAUCACCGUCCAGUUCGACAUCAACCGCGACGUGGCUCAAGUGGCCCUUGUGGCGUACAGUAGGAGAGCCACCACUGUUUUCAAGCUGGACACGUAUGAGACUGGUUCUUCCAUCAUUCAGGCUGUAGGUGACGCCAAGUACGUGGGUGGAGUGGCUUCGACGGGUGGGGCGUUGCUGCACAUCCACUCUAAUGUUCUCACCAUAGCUAAUGGCGCACGACCGGGAGUGAACAAGGCUGUAGUAGUGGUGACGGACGGCACCGGUGGGGAUGAUGCUGUCGUACCAGCUCAAAAGAUAAGAGACAAUGGAGUCUCAGUGCUUGUGGUUGGUAUCGGAGAUGUCCAGAGGGAGAGGCUGAUGCAGAUUGCCGGUGCAGAGGAGCACAUGAUCUCAGUGCCGUCUUACGAGGAUCUCAAGUACUUUGAGGAUGUCCUGGUGCAGAUGCUGUGUUCAGAGGUGAAGAAACCUGUAAACCUGUGCAAGCCUAACCCAUGUAUGAAUAAUGGGGUCUGCAUCUUGUCAGAAGGGAGCUUUCGCUGUCAGUGCCAAGGCUAUGAGGGGCUGCACUGCGAAAGAAGAAGCAGCAGGUCUUCAUCCAGAGGGGAUUUUCCAAGACCUGCUGGUCUGAGGAGGAAGAGCAGGCAGAGGAAGAACCACCAGGAGCUUCUGCAUCGCUACAAACUACACCGUCGAAGACAUACUCCCUGACAUGCCCUGCACUUAUAAACACAAAGUAUACACUGAACAUAUGAACACUUAAGAACCGAGGAUGCUUGCAGGUAGACGAUGGAGCAAAGGGAAAUAUGUUGCUUUGUUUUUUUUGCUUCAGUGUUUACAGUUGCACACAGUGUCAGCAAGUGUCUGUACUGCUGUAUCCAUUUGUAUGUUAUUAUUGUUGUCACUGUGCUCACUGUUGUGCAAAUGUCUCAACACGGUUCUCUUGUAUUUAAAGGAUAUAAACUUUUAUAUUAUUAA